AGAGAUGGCAGGCCCUUUUGUUGUAAAUUUUACAUUUGUCGACAAUGACCAAGAGAAGUACUUCACAUAUAACUUACUAGACGAGACAAUCAUUUUCCAUCAUCUGUUGGAUGUCUCAGGUCAAACAAAAUCUUUCCUUUGGCUUGAGAGCUCACAAGACUGGGUGAUGACCUAUGCCCAACCCAGAGUUCAAUGUGAUGUAUUUGCUGUUUGUGGACCAUUCACAAUUUGUAAUGAUAAUACGCUUCCAUUCUGCAACUGUAUGAAAGGAUUCUCCAUAAGAUCGACUAGUGACUGGGAGCUAGAUGAUCAAACAGGCGGCUGUGUGAGAAAUACUCCAUUAGAUUGCAGUAUCAACAAAAACACAAGUGAGGAAGACAGGUUCCACCCUAUCACAUGUGUUGUAUUGCCCAAUAACGGUCACAGCACAGAAGAUGCUACAAGUGCAGAUAAAUGUGCCGAAGUUUGCCUUGGCAACUGCACUUGUGCUGCAUAUUCUUAUGGUGUCAAUGGAUGCUUUGUUUGGAAUGGUGAGAUUAUUAAUGUGAAACGGCAACAAUGUGAUGGUACUACAGAUACUAACAAAGCCACUCUUUACAUUCGCCUAGCCAACAGAGAGGUGCAAAGGUUGGAAAGCAACAGAAGACGGAUAAUCAUCGGCAUAUCAAUUGGUGCGAGUGUUGCUUUCUGCGGUUUAUUGUCACUCUUCUUGCUACUGGUGAUUAAGAGGAACAAGAGGUUGUCUGCUCAUAGAAUGGAAAACCUUCAAGGUGGUGAGGGCAUUAUUGCGUUUAGAUACGUUGAUUUGCAACGUGCAACAAAAAACUUCUCUGAGAAGCUAGGGGCAGGUGGUUUUGGUUCUGUAUUCAAGGGGCUUCUAAAUGACUCCACUGCCAUAGCAGAUAAAAGACUUGAUGGUGCUUGCCAAGGAGAGAAGCAGUUCAGAGCUGAAGUGAGGUCAAUCGGAUUCAUUCAGCAUAUCAAUCUAGUUAAUCUAAUUGGCUUUUGUACUGAGGGCGAUAGUAGGUUGCUUGUCUACGAACAGAUGCAAAACCGUUCUCUUGAUGCUCAUUUAUUUCACAACAAUGCUACAGUUUUGAAAUGGAGCGUUAGGCAUCAAAUAGCUCUUGGAGUUGCUAGAGGACUGGUCUACUUGCAUGAUAGUUGCCGGGAUUGCAUCAUACAUUGUGACAUUAAGCCAGAGAACAUACUUCUUGAUGUGUCAUUUGUUCCGAAAAUAGCAGAUUUCGGGAUGGCAAAGUUUCUCGGAAGGGAUUUUAGUCGAGUUCUCACUACAAUGAGAGGAACAAUUGGAUAUCUAGCACCUGAAUGGAUUAGCGGAACUGUUAUUACAGCAAAAGUCGAUGUCUACAGCUAUGGCAUGGUUUUGUUGAAAAUUGUAUCAGGAAAGAGGAACUCGGGUAGACAAUGUACAACCAGUGAUGAUUAUGUGUAUUUCCCUGUGCAAGUUGCAAGCAAACUACUCGAAGGGGAUGUGGGGAGUUUGGUGGACAGCAAUCUACAUGGAGAUGUCCAUUUGGAACAGGUGGAAAGAGCUUUGAAGGUUGCAUGCUGGUGUAUUCAAGAUGAUGAGUUUGAUCGACCCACAAUGGGUGAAGUAGUUCAAUAUCUUGAAGGUUUUCUUGAAGUCGACAUACCCCCAAUGCCAAGACUACUUGAAGCAAUUGCAGGGAAUCCACACUCGAAAUUUGAUGGGUACCUGGACCAAGAUUCACAAGAGGCAGGCAAACUGCAACAUACCUCAGAGCUUCAUGAAGACAGGUUGCUGCAAUGAUGGAGCAGAGCUUCCCUUCAG